AUGACGGUGGCGAUCUCGGAUUUGGCUUUGACUCCAGGAACCGCAGGCCUGUCUAUAGUGUCGUCUUCUCCCGCUGCUCCUGCGGUUUUGAAACGGAAGAGAAUGUUUCCGCUUGCUGGAGAAGAAAAGGUUGAGGCUGGCAAAGUGGGGCAGAAUUUGUUAGAUGAGUUCGAUAAGGACAAAAGAAUUCUGAUUCCGGCCAUUGACGGCGGCGCCGGCAUCGACGCGGCCGUUCUCUCGGCGCUGAGGAAGCAGAACCCCUGGAAAGAGGUGGCCGCCGCCAAAUUGGCAAGGAGGACUUCUCCCAGAUGGUUCCGGUACUCCAUUAACACAUACUGCAUACUGACACAGAUCAGGAUGGGAUGGAAGAUAAGGAUUGAUGACACGUUAAGUGAACAGCAGAGUCUUACCAGUGAGCUACGCGGUAUUUUUUCACAGUGGAAGGGUCAUCCUGCAGGGCUUUCUGGCCGUAUUGGCGCCUCUACCCAUUAUCAUCUAUCCUGGAUGAUUCCGAAUUUGGACGAUGUAAACGGUAUGGUCCAUGAUGAUGCUAGGGUCGAGGAGGAUAAUCAAGAUCAAUUUAUUGUUGAUGCUUAA